UCAGCAGCACGGACGGCCCAGCAGAGGACGAUCGAGCAGGGGGCUUGUGCUGCUCGGGGUCACGCUGCUCUCCCGGCCUUAACCCCGGCCCUAAGCCUGGUCGCCUCCUCCCAUCUCGCCCUCAGAGCCGUAGAGAUGCAGUGGAGGCGGCGGGCGGCGCUGCUGCUGCUGCUGCUGGCGCUGCGGGGCUGGGAGCCGCGGGGAGCGAGAGCGCAGCGCCCGGCAGCGGACACAGACAACAGCACGGACUGCGUCCCCCCUUCGUCUGAGUUCCCCGAGGGAUUUUUUACACCGCAGGAGAGAAAGGAUGGAGGGAUCGUUAUCUAUUUCCUAAUUAUACUUUACAUGUUUUUGGCCGCGUCCAUCGUGUGCGACGAUUACUUCCUGCCGUCUCUAGAGAUCAUCACGGAAUGCCUUGGCCUCUCUCAGGAUGUUGCUGGAGCAACUUUUAUGGCUGCUGGAAGCUCUGCUCCAGAACUUGUCACUGCUUUUCUAGGAGUCUUUGUGACAAAAGGAGACAUCGGCGUCAGCACCAUCCUUGGAUCAGCCAUCUAUAAUCUUCUUGGGAUCUGUGCAGCAUGCGGGCUGCUCUCUAGCGUGGUUUCGAGGCUGUCCUGUUGGCCGCUGUUCAGAGACUGCCUGGCAUAUACAAUCAGUGCAGCGGCCGUCCUUGCGAUGAUAUCUGACAGCAGAAUUUACUGGUAUGAAAGUGCUUCCUUAUUAUUAAUCUACGGGUGUUAUAUUCUGGUACUAUGUUUUGACAUUAAAAUCAACCGGUGCCUCAUGAGAAAGCUCAGUCCCUGCUGUUGGUGCUUUACAAAAGCUGCGGAACAGAGCGGUGAGCAGCAGCCAUUAGCUGGAUGGAGGGAAGAGAGCGGGCCUCUCAUUCGACAACAGUCAAGAACAGAUAGUGGAAUCUUUCAAGAUGAGCUGGAUUAUUCUCAGCUUUCAACAAGCUUGCAUGGGCUUGAUGAAAUCUCUGAAGAUCAUCCAAGUGUCUUCACCAUGCCUGAAGAAGAUAUGAAGAGAAUUCUGUGGGUGUUGUCCCUUCCUAUUACUACGCUGCUCUAUUUGACUAUACCAGAUUGCAGAAGGCGGUUUUGGAGGAACUGGUUCAUGGUAACAUUUUUCAUGUCAGCAGCAUGGAUUUCUGCAAUCACUUACGUCCUUGUGUGGAUGAUAACAAUAGCAGGUGAAACGCUGGGAAUUCCAGAGUCAGUAAUGGGCCUCACAUUACUAGCAGCAGUUGCAAGUGUGCUGGUGGCUCGAAAAGGAAAUGGAGAUAUGGCUAUGUCUAACAUUGUGGGAUCCAACGUAUUUGAUAUGCUGUGUCUGGGAAUACCCUGGUUUAUAAAAACUGCCUUCAUAAAUACAUCCGGACCCAUAGAAGUGAACAGCGGUGGUUUGACAUACACAGCCACUUCUCUCAUCUGUUCAGUUGUUUUUAUUUUUCUGGCAAUUCACCUGAAUGGCUGGAAAAUAGAUAAAAAAUUGGGAGCAAUUUGUCUUAUACUCUACUUAGUAUUUACUGUAUUAUCAAUUUUAUAUGAACUUGGCAUCAUAGGGAACAAUCCUACAAGGGUCUGUGGCAACUAGUUUUAAUCAGUGAUUAUACUGAUGAAAAAUAAAAGCCAGAGAAAAAGAUCAGUUUCUUCAUUUAGUCAAAUAAAAAAAAAAAAAUCCAAGACUUCCAUUGGACUCUUAAUCUUAUUUACAGAACUAAGUCAUGGCAUUAAAGUAAUAUUAAGUAGAACAAAAACAUCACAGCCUAAUUGGAGCCCUUUCCUUUAGAGUCAAGAAUUACAUUAUGACAACAACAAGCACAUAAAACUAGAAUUCUGGAAGGAAAAAAAAAA